AUGAAAGCCGGUCUUCCUUUGUUAGGCGCCGCAGCGUUGCCUUUGCUAGCCCUAGCUACCAACAGAGCGGGAUUCAGAGGAGCACAAGCAAGCCCCUUCACCGUCUUUCAAUAUCCCGAUAAUGGAACCUGGAUUGCAAAUAUUGCCAACCGACCAAAUAACGAUCUCGUCAUAACACGAACUGAUGUACCGGAAGUAUGGACGAUUAACGUGGACGAAGGCACUGCUCAAUUGGCCACGAUUAUCCCGAACGCCAAUAACUUGAUUGGAAUUUCUUCCAUUGAUGACGAUGAAUACGCUGUUAUUGCUGGGAAUCUGGACAUUGCCACGCUCACUCCAGAGGCAGGCUCAUUCUCGGCAUGGAGAGUCUCUAUCGGAUCAGACGGUAACGGCACCGCCAGCUUGAUUGCAGAAAUCCCCGAAGCUCAAUUUCUACACGGUGUAGUGACCUUUCAAAAGACGAGAGACACUGUCAAUGUUUUGAUUGCAGAUGCUGGUCAGGGAGCGAUCUACAAGUUGGACACGACUACCGGCGAGUACUCCAUUGUAAUCCAAGAUGAUGGCCUAGCUGGAGUGAACAAUCUACGGAUGCAAAACGGCUAUCUUUACUUUACCGCUACGCAAAACAAGGUCUUUGGUCGAUUGCCUGUUGAUCUUGAGGAAGGAACAGCCGAUGGGGCUAUCGAAGUUAUUCUCAACGACCAGGCACUUGUCCCAGACGGGUUCGCUUUGGCUCCCAACGGCAGUGUCGCAUUCAUGGCGACGUUCGUCCAAAAUUCCAUCAUCACAGUCGAUCUUGAUAAUGAAGAACAUCCGACCAGUAUUAUUUACGGUAGCAUUAAUUCGACUGACAUUGCAGGACCAACCACUGUUCAGUUCGUCCAGAAUGGACCGUGGGAAACCCUGUACAUCGCGACCAAUGGUGGCCAAACUGCACCUGUUGGAGGAAGCUUCAUUGAACCGGCAAAGAUCGCCGGUAUCUAUCUUUUCUGA